AAGUAAGCUGCCGCGUAGAAAUUUCACACAUUGAUCAGCCCCGACCACCCCCUAAAAUCUCUGAAACAAAAUCCCCCUUUUCACCAUCAAUUAGCUUCUCUAUAAUCUUGGAUGACCCAUUAGUCCAUUUGCUCUAAAUUUUUCAAAAUUAGGGUUCUUCACAUUCAUGUACAUACAAUUACACAUUUUUAUGAUCGACCCUUUUCUUGUUAGUCCCUGGUUGAUGAUUUAAAGAUUGUUACUGGAAAAUUUCCCUUUCUCGGACUUCUGUUUCGAUCUAAACGAUGCCACUACCACUUCUGGUAUUGUCAGUAUUUUGGCACAAAAAUGAUUAUUUGAUGAUCAGCUAAGGGAGCCACUCUUCAGUUGAUGAUUUACUAAAAAAGGCAGUAAAAUUAUUUUGCUCCAUUGCUUGUUGCUAUAAGGUGUCAGAAGUUUGGGCAGUUGCUAGUAUAAGAGUGAAGUGAACUUGAAGCAGACACAAUGAUCAACAGUCAACUGCUAUUGACCUAUUUGUAUCUCCUAGUUUAUGUAACACUGUCAUCAGGAGUUAUUUUGUACAAUAAGUGGGUGCUCUCUCCAAAAUACUUCAAUUUUCCAUUACCAAUAACACUGACCAUGAUUCAUAUGGGAUUUUCUGGUGCGGUGGCAUUUUUUCUUAUCCGCGUCUUAAAGGUUGUGUCCCCAGUAAAAAUGACUUUUGAAAUAUAUGCAACAUGCGUGAUUCCUAUAAGCGCCUUCUUUGCGUCAAGCCUAUGGUUUGGCAACACUGCUUAUUUGUUUAUUUCAGUGGCCUUCAUCCAGAUGCUUAAAGCACUAAUGCCAGUGGCUACAUUUCUCAUGGCUGUCACCUGUGGCACUGACACAUUAAGAUGGGAUGUGUUCUUGAAUAUGUUGCUGGUCAGUGUUGGAGUUGUUGUAUCCUCGUAUGGGGAAAUUCACUUCAAUGUAGUGGGCACCCUUUAUCAAGUCACAGGGAUAUUUGCCGAAGCUCUUAGAUUGGUCUUGACUCAAGUUCUUCUCCAGAAAAAAGGCUUAACACUAAACCCUAUUACCAGUUUAUAUUACAUUGCUCCGUGCAGUUUUGUGUUUCUGUUUGUUCCAUGGUAUCUUCUGGAGAAACCUGAAAUGGAAGUCUCACAAAUCCAGUUCAAUUUCUGGAUAUUCUUUUCAAAUGCUUUUGCUGCUCUGGCAUUAAAUUUUUCAAUCUUCUUGGUAAUUGGAAGAACCGGUGCUGUGACCAUACGAGUUGCUGGUGUUUUGAAAGACUGGUUAUUGAUUGCACUUUCAACUGUCAUAUUUCCAGAGUCAACGAUUACUAGACUUAAUAUCAUUGGCUAUGCGAUUGCGCUUUGCGGUGUUGUGAUGUAUAACUACUUGAAGGUCAAGGAUGUCUCUGCCGCCCAACUUCCAUUAGAUAGUAUUGCAGAAAGAGCAGCUAAGGGCUUAAUGGAGAAGAAGUCAUCUGACCCGUAUGUAUCCGAUAAUGGCAGCAAUAGCAGCAGUUUAGCAAGGAGUGGUUCUGGGCCUGAUACUAGUGCCGAUGAAGAAGCACCAUUAAUUUCUUCGAGGAUAUUACAUCUUGGUAGAAGCUCACACAGCAGCCAGAAGUCAUCUCCCUGAAAGUGGCAAGUCUUGUUGCACUAUCGAAGCAUUUGUCUCUUUAAAAUAGGAAUUGAAAUGGAAAGUUCUGUAUCCCACUGCUGAGAGGUUUAGAGGAAAAUCAUGCUCUUUUUGUGGAUGUGUAUAAUAUUUUUGUUUUUAGGUGUAUUAAUAGUUCAGCAUGUACAGUUGUGACUCGUUGCAUUGUUAUAAAAUUGGUCCUGUUUAGCUUA